AUGACGACUUUACAAAUAUAUCAAUCUAUAUGGUCGCUUCGACGGCCCAGUCGUACUCGGCCAAGGGAUAAGCCAAUGACUGUCUUGUGCCUAGGCAUGCCACGCACCGGCACAGAAUCGAUCAAGGCUGCACUAGAGGAGUUGGGGUAUCCAACAUAUCAUGGCUUCGAGCCAGCCAGGAACCCUGGGGAUUGUGUAGUCUGGUGCGACCUGAUGGAACGCAAGGAGUCCGGUCGAGCGCUGCCUCUUACAGCUAAGGAUUUUGACCAAGUACUAGGCCUGGUCCAAGCGGUGUCCGACACACCGAGUAUAUGCUUCGCAGACGAACUAAUCGAAGCAUACCCUGAUGCGAAGAUUAUCCUGAAUCAUAGGCUGAACAUUGAUGCGUGGCAGGACAGUAUUGCAUCCGUGGUGGAGGGAAAUAAAUCAUUCAUUGGGUGGUUUAAGAGAGUGUUGGUCCUUUUUUCGCCAGAGCUGUUCUGGUUGAACCAACAUGUGAAUCGCAUUGAUCUCGACGGACUGUGGAACAGAAAUAUUGUCAAGAACUCUUUGACUACAUACAAGGCACAUUAUGCUCAUCUAUCCAAAGUCGCUCCGCCGGAAAGAACUUUGAAAUGGUCGGUGCAUGAUGGCUGGGCACCGCUAUGUGAAUUCUUAGGGAAGCCCAUACCAAAUACACCAUUUCCGCAUAAGAAUACGCGAGAUGAACAGCAUAGGGUCUUAACAGAGACACUGAUGCCUUACGCAAGAAAAGGCCUGCUGCUGGCAGCUGGCUAUGGCGGAAGUUGA